CUUUUCAAAAGGUUGCAUGGAUCGUACGAAGCACUAGAAGGUGGCUUGGAAAUGGAUGCGAUGGUGGAUCUGACUGGAGGAAUUGCCUACAUUAUACCACUGGCUAUCGUAGACGACAGCAAUCAGUUGACUUUUUUCAAAACCAUGUACUUGGCAUUCGUCAACGGAUGUUUCCUCACUUGCGAUCGCUUGGUGAGUGACGACUCGGAUGAAAAAGGACUCGUCAACAAGCACGCGUACACGAUUACAAACGUGGCAUUCGUUGAAGCUGGAUCUGACAAGCCUUAUGAAUUACUAUGCAUUCGGAACCCAUUUGCGAAUUCCAUGGAAUGGAACGGAGCUUGGAGUGACACGGAUGAAGACAACUGGUCCAAAGUGAGUGAGGAAGAAAAGGCGAGAAUUGGCUUUACGCCAAACAAAGAGGACGGGAAAUUUUGGAUGAGUUUUGAGAAUUUCCGCACAGAAUUCACGUACGUUCAGAUUUGCACGGUUUCGCCCGAUUUCGACGACAACAUGCAUCCACAAGGAGCGACAAAUCCUCAGAAUCUCGAAGACCCGAACACGAAGCUGACUGACGAAGACAUACAAACCCGUGCAUCAGAGAUGCAGAAAACGGAAAUGAUUCCGCUGAGGGAGAAUUUGGACAGGUUUUCAUUGACCCCAGGAAAUUACGUCAUCAUUCCGUGCUCAACAAAGGGAGAAGAGAAUCAAUUUCUUCUACGCGUGUAUUCUGCGAAACGUUUGUUGAUCAAAGAACUCAUCGACCCCGAGGAACCAAAAUAACGAACAGAAUCGAAAAAUUCAAAAUGUGCAAACGAUCAAUCAAAAUGUGCGAAAUUGUACCUGAUCAUUUCACGAGAGCAUUGCCAAAAGCGUCAUUUUCAACUUAAUACCCGCUGUUAUAUUCACGUAUAUAAUGUUGGAAUGUCAGUUGAACGUUGUUGAUGGAAAAUUAUCAAAAACUAUGGAUAAAUAUUAAGUUUCGUUCGUUUCUUAGUCUCAGAAAACAUGCAUCUCUCGAGCGAUGCCUCAGAGCGGAAAUUACUCGAAUCACCCACCGUAUGUAUGCCAUGUAUGAAAAUUGGGUACAUAGUUGAAAAAGGAAAAAAAUAUUGAUCAGUACAAUGUGAAUUCAGAUUUUUUGCGUUAUGCUACAAGUUUCACUAAAAUUGUUGCUGUUCAUCGACAAUCAACAUUUGAUAUAAAGCUGGAAUUUUGUUUUGCCAGCAAAUUUUUUGAUGCGUCGCUCCAAGUGGAAAAAUUGAAUCAUGAAGCGGAAGGGAUCAAUUUUUUUUAAUUUCAAUGCUAAAAUUAAAUAACAUCAUUGACUGUUGCUUGAUCCGUUAUUCACUGAAAAUUGUGCGCGCUCGUGCGUUGAAUAUUUUGUUUAUUUCUUGGCGACGAAAGAUGCAGCAUAUUAUUAGAGCUUACACAAUCUACAUCGUGCUUCAUUUAAAAUCUUCAACAACAAAAAAACUCUGGUAAUGAUGCUUUUAUUUUCUGCAGUGCUUCGUUCCACUUUUUGUUCGCGUGACUUUUUGAACAAGCUGUACCCUUUUCGUGUCCUCGGUAACCCUACAGUGUUUUUCAAGUCACAGAGUAUAUCGAAGAUGGGAGAGAUAUAUUUGUUAAAUAUCCUAUAGUGCCCUUCGUAUCCUUGGUUACAGAAGUUUGUCAAGCAAAAAAAACGGAUUCGUUUAUCGCAAAAUCUAUGUAUCGUUCGCCAGCUGUUCUGACCUUGAUGCUUUGCAAUAAAGUCGCGCGCGAAAGGAGGA